UCACCUGUAGAUGUACCAGCCAAACCCUGUGGGCUGCUCCCAUCUCACUUUGAUGCCUGUUUUGGCUUCCUCAGCCUCGUGCCCUGGUGGAAGUUUCUAAAGGGAAAGCUUUUUAACACACACAGAGACCCCACAGCACUCUCCGCUGGGUUGUUCUGCUUCACUGAUUGAAUUUUGAGCAUCUUUGUCUGAAACCUCUGCAAGCUGUCCUGGCCUGUGGCAAAUCUGGAUGUGAAAUCUCACCCCGUGGAGGGAAGAUGAACGUUUGCUAACUAUUAAUCUAUUUCCCAUACUCCAUCCCCAUGGAGAAUGUCUAAGAAGAGUUUACUCAGGGUUGUAUUUGCUUGAAUGCACACCCUCAACUCUUUGUGAUUCUACCUCUUCCAGGCAGAACUCCCAUUUGCCAUGGCAACUAACAACUACCAGCUCCAUGCCCAUUCCCAUCAGGAAACCUUAAACUCUGUCUGCCACAGUACUCUGAGUCUAAAUUACCAGCCUCUUUCCAAGAGCUCCUCCAGUUUGGCCAGUGUUGGGCGAAUGGGUUCUGAAGAGAAGCACAACAGCAGACAGGAGCUCCGAAAGAGCCUCAGCAGUUCUGCUUGCCAAGUCCAUACAAGGGAGAGUGAUGCCAAAAGCACCCCUAGCUCUGAAUGGUCGUCCACUCAUUCAGAAAUUGCAUCCACCAUCCGAACUGUGAGCAGCUUGUCACCGAGUGAUAGCACACAGAGUACCACAAAAAGCAUUAGCCACUUCCUGGGCGUUGACCAAUCGCCAGCAUCUGCAGAAGACAUGGGCACUAGAACACACAUCAAGAGCAGCACUGUUGAGAAUGUGUCUUCAGCCUCUGGCACACAGCUGCAACAUGGGAGCACAAUGGAUGGACUGGGAGCUGCCGUUCAGAGAAGCCUUUCUGAUCUGACAUGCAGCUGCAAGCAACCGAGUUCAGCUUCCCAGAAGGAGACAAGUGCCACCUACUCUGCCAUGGGUUCUAAUAGUGGUUAUGUUACUUCUCCAGGCAAUGUAACAUUUGCAAGACCGAGAUAUGGAUCAGACAGAUAUGAAAAUAACCCAGGUGUUCAAAGUCAUGUGAACCAAGUCCCAAAUUCAUCUAGAGACCAAAGUGUGCCAACUAAUAUAUUUGACAAUAAUACCUUAGCACACAAUGCUACUGUUUGUCCAGAUCCAGGAACAUAUUGUGCAAAUUUUCUUGGAUCACAUAUGCCUGGAGAUAAUUUCUCAAACAGAGCGAUGUAUGCUCAGGGUGGAAUUGUGUAUAGUAACUUUUCGACAGGUAUGUACCCUCCUGGCAUGAUGGCCAUUCAUAACAAUACUGCCUUUCCUUAUAACAUAAGACAGGAUUCUGCUAUGAAGGUAGAGGGAACUAUUCCGGCCUACUGCCAUUCCUUGCCAAUACCCUCUGUUCAGUUCAUCCCAAGAUUGGUCUGCUCAGUGAGCGAAUCGGGAAAAGAACAAGUCCACCCUGAGUAUUGUCCAACUUUGCCUGCUACUCAAACAGCAACCCUUCCAAAGUUGGUGUCAUCUGUGAGUGAGUCAGGUCUGGAUGCAAAACGCAUACUGAGUUAUUGCAGUAUGCGUGGGGAACACAUUUUACAUGCCCAGCCUUGUGCACAAGCAAAGAGGGGCCAAGAGGAAAUGAAGACUAUGUAUGUGGUGUUAAAUAGCCACCAAGAUGGCAUCCAUACAGUCACAAAGACUAAGGACACAUGGACUAUGACCUCCAUGAAUGACCUUACCCAGGUACUGCGACCUCCACUUGGAUGCAAAGAUGUAGAGGUACAAACCCUCCCAACAAGUGAAUGUAAGUCUGUGGCCACAAGCCCCUCUGUUUUUACAGAAGGCCACCCUCACGUCUUCCCAGAGGUGAAUCUGGAACCAGAGGCAGAGGGUGAAAAGUCUCCAGUGCGGGAAGUGAGAUGGGAUGAUGAAGGCAUGACUUGGGAGGUCUAUGGUGCUGCUGUUGAUCCUGAAGUUCUUGGGCUGGCUAUUCAGAAGCAUCUUGAGAUUCAGAUAGAACAAUUCCAGACAGAACCAUCGCAGCCAGUCUCUAGGAAAAGUACAGAGGAAUUGCCAGUGAAAGAGGAAAAGAAAACGUCUUUCAGAACAAUGAUGUAUUGUCUAAGACCUCCAAGCUGCUGUGCCCGUUCCAGCUCAGCAGUCGAAUAAACUUUCCUAGGUGAUGUUCAGACCUAUAGAGAUAGUGCAAGAGAUCCCAGUUUCAAACAAACACUGUACCCUGAAGUUGGUACAGAUUACAGAGUCCCUUUGGAACAGAGUUGGAAAGUGAACUGAUCUAAAACAGUCCUACAAGGCAGAGGCUCUAGGGUUGUUGUUGUUUUUAGUACACAUCCCCGAGAGAUUAUCUACACCUUACUUAGAAUUAUGUAGUUAAAUUCUGGGCUGUUUCACUUCAGAUUUUAAAUUGGUUGGGCUUUUAAAAACUGCUCCCUCUGCACUCAACUGAGAUUGAUCAGAUACAGAAUCCAAUUUGAAUUGGUCAUAAUGGUCUAAUUAAUUUAGGGCCAAAUCAAUUUUAGGGCAUACCUCUUCCAUCUAGCUUUUGACCAGACUGUCUAUAGGAUUUUAUUUCAACUGCUUUCUUAGUUUUUGUAUUGUUGGUAUUUUACUUUAUCUGGUGUUUAAUUAACAUCUCAUUGAACUUUGGAAAGGCAGCUAUUUUUUUUCUGUGAAAAUUAAAUAAAUUGAUAUAUUAUUAUUCUCUCACCUAGUUCAGAGCUCUGUACAUUGGUUUGUGUUCCUUACAUCAAGGAGACCAGAAUUGCACUGACUCCUAAUUUUGAGUAGCAGGUAGAUUUGCUCUCAGAAAGCAGGAAUGCAAACUAAGAAAGAAAGAAAGAAAGCACUAUUGUUGAUUUUAGAUGACUAAAUUUUAAAUAUGGGAUUAUUUUAGCCCUUCUGAUCUACCUUUGAAUAAGAAAUACUUCAAAGAUUACUAUUUCUAAAUGACUGACAGCUUGUGGCAUAUCAUUGUCCUUCCCUGUAUAUCAAUUAACUCUGGAAAAUCUCGUCUUUUUUUAAAAAAAAAAAUAGAAACUAUUCAUUUGUUUAUCCAUUAGUGUUAAUCUUUGAUCUCUACAUUUUGUUUACUCUGUCAUGCUUGUAGUUUUUAAUGCUGGAGUGGAAAUACAUUUUAUACUUUUACACAGAUGCAUUUAUUUAUGAAAAAAGCAUAAUAAAUACUCUCCUUAUUACUAGAUAGUUUAUUGAAUUAAACUGCUGUGUGCUAUGAAUUUCCUCUAUACUGAAUGCACUGCAAAUCAUUGUGUAGUCCUAUGGAUAUGGCACUUUGGCAGAACAUCCUCUGCAGUUUCUUUUGCCACGAGAAAUUACAGAAAGCCCAAAGGACUCCAUGCUUACACCGUUACCAAGACACAAAUGUACAGUGUUACCAGAGAUACUGUCAUGAGUCACAAAUGUCUGAUUUACUAUGAAUGUUUACCCUUGGGUUGAUCUAUCAUUCUGUGAUAUGGCUACUUUGGUUUUCCUGGAAUGAUAUGUAAUUAUACUCUUGAGCUGCUGUUC